CUCUCUCUCUCUGUGACAAUCUUUGUCACUGGCAUAGUGACCUAGCUAGCUCAUAAAGACAAACAAUAUUGUGUAUAUAUAUAGAUAUAUACAUAUAUGGGGUUGAUUAGGGUUUCGGUCUCUAUCACUAUCAGUGGCGGGUAGAGGUGGCAGUAGCGAAAGAGCUUUGCUUCCUGUUUGAUCAGCCAGUUUUGCGCCACCCUUUUUUCCCGGCCUAAUCUUUCCCCGCAAUCUAGCUUUUCUCGACAGUGAGAGACAUGACAAUGAAAGCCUAAGACAUUAACCAGAAGCUAUAUCUUUGUUUUAAGGGUUUUUGUUAUUAUUUAACCCUACUUGGUCUCUAUUCUUCCAUUCCUCAACUCUUCCAUUUUCUUGGCCUGUCUUUCUUAUUUUCUCGGGAUCCAAAUAAUCCCGACAAGUCGACACACUACAGUUUUUGGGGACCAGAAAACAAGUUCGUGUGCAAUUCCCGAGGGCAGUACUGAUAUAAAUCUUAUAAAUCACUGACAUGUUCUGCUUGGCUGUCCUUGUUUCUUACCUGAUAUCUAUGAGCUCCUAUAAUAGUUUGAAGCUGUGAGGAAGAUUAACACACAACCGAUCAGAUCUGUGGACUGCAAAGCUAGAGACUUUUGUUGCUGUCCUGACCGAAGACCAAAAGCUGGACAAUAUGGAAACUUUUUCACACGUUCCCCCUGGUUUUCGGUUCCAUCCGACGGAUGAAGAACUUGUUGAUUACUACCUCAGGAAGAAGGUUACUUCAAGAAGGAUUGACCUUGAUGUUAUUAAAGAUGUCGACCUCUAUAAAAUUGAGCCAUGGGAUCUUCAAGAACUAUGCAGAAUAGGGACAGAAGAACAAAACGAAUGGUACUUUUUUAGCCAUAAAGAUAAGAAGUAUCCUACUGGAACUCGAACAAAUAGAGCCACCGCUGCAGGGUUUUGGAAAGCCACGGGAAGAGACAAGGCCAUUUAUUCAAAGCAUGACUUAAUUGGCAUGCGGAAAACCUUAGUGUUUUAUAAAGGUCGAGCCCCAAAUGGUCAAAAGUCCGAUUGGAUUAUGCAUGAAUACCGCCUUGAAACUGAUGAAAACGGAACUCCACAGGAAGAAGGAUGGGUUGUAUGUAGGGUGUUCAAGAAGAAAAUUGCAAGCAUGAGAAUUAAGAUGAGUGAAAAUGAGUCACCAUGUUGGUACGAUGACCAAGUCUCCUUCAUGCCAGAAUUGGACUCACCAGGGCACAAUUCUAGCUCUAUGAACAUGAACAUGGUGCCAUACCACCACCUUCCUAAUUAUCCAUGCAAGAAAGAGCUUGAUCACUUGCCCUUCCAGGUUCCCCAUGAGCAUUUCUUCCAGCUCCCUCUUCUUGGAAGCCCGAAACUAGUUCAAUCAUCAUCAGCCACAGCUGUAAGCAGCUCCAACUCCAUGGCACCUCAUGCAUAUAGUAUCGACAUUAACCACACUUGCACUUUUCAGUCAUCGGAUCAAGACCAAAACUUUCAAGGUGUAGUCUAUGGUAACAGUAGUAAUGACGAUCAUCAGCGAGCAGUAGAUCAGCUGACUGAUUGGCGAGCGCUGGACAAGUUUGUAGCUUCACAGCUCAGCCAGGAUGAUGCUUCAAAAGGAAAUAGCUACUCAUGAUAUUACACGCCCUAUUAAUAAGAUGUCUAUAUCAUGUAUCAGACAAAUAUGGAUUAAUACUCAAACAUUUGGACCAGCAAAUUGACAACCACCAGUUGUCAAUUGAGGAAGUGACACCAUAUGAUAUUAAUCAUUUAGUAGUAUAUAUAUAUACUGAUCAUAGGAUUUAAGUACAUAAGGGAAAAUCGAGAGGAUAUUGAUCUCAACAUUUCCCUGUACAUAAUAAAACUACUGCAUCAACAUUGUAACUUAAUUAAACUCUAAACAUCUGUUUGUUUGAGUAGUAAGUUAUCUCCAUCAAAUUAGUCAUCAGUUUGAAAUUCCUACAUCUAGUAAGCAAGCGGACUGUGGAGCUGAGUUUGCUGGAAGAAGUGAAGUUGAUGAAGCAUUGUUAAUUGGCAUGUCAUGGGGCUUUAUCAUGUGCUACCUAUAGCUAACAGCCAUGUACGCUGUUAAUGAACUCGACCAAGUGGUCGAUUGAUUGUAGAAAUGUCACUUUGUAUGUCAAUCGUAUGAAAUUAAUGUUACUAUAUAUACUAGAGUUAUGUAUCGUUGUUAUUAAUUC